AUGCGAGACGAAGAUGAAGAAAGAGAGAAAACUAUAUCUGUAAAUGAUGGUGCAGAUCUCGAUGUCAAUUAUUUAACUGGGAUUUACGAGCGGAUUCGUGCGGAUGAAUUCUGUCCCGAUCAUGAUCACGUGAGUCAAGUUCUGAAAUUCGAACAAGGAUUAGUUGGAAAGAAACCAACUCUAACAGCACCGCAUCGUCGACUGGUGUGCUAUUGUCGACUAUAUGAAAUCUAUGAUGUAACCAAACGUGAGAAACUCACCGCUCACCAACGUGAAGUGUAUCUUUUCAAUGAUUUACUAGUAAUCAGCAAACUCUCAGGAAAAAAGCACCAGCAGUUUCGGCAAGCGUAUUGUCUGUCGGGAAUGAAUGUUUAUUUGUUUCAAACGUCAUAUCAUCAAUAUGGUAUCCGUCUCGUGCGCAAAUCGGAUACGAAUGAAAUCAAUCUAAUUGUCUUCAACGCAAGAAAUGAACACGAUCGUAGCAAGUUCUGCGAUGAUUUGAAGGAAGCAAUCUUAGAAAUGAAUGAAAUGGAUGGUUUGUCUCGUCAAGCUGAGCUCGACCAAUUACGUGCUUCAUCUAAUUCACUUGUUGAUAUAACAAAUAAUCAUGGCAUUCUCUCAUCAUUAAUUGAUCAUCCAACAAUAAAACGUGAUCGACCAUUAUCGAGAACAUUAUCGAACUCUUUACUCGAUAUGGCAUUACCAAUCAAUAAUCAUCCGUCAUUACCAUGUCGAACUUCUCAAUGUUCACUUGAUAGUGGAAUGGUAAAUAAAUAG